UAGCUUCUCUCACCGUCAACGUAGAAUCACAAGAAUGUUGUACGAAAUGUAGGUGGUAAAAUUUGGAAUUGUGUUUUAUGAUUUUACUUCGUUCCAGAUAAUCUUCUACCUGAAGGGCAAGAUUGGUUGUAACCAGCCGGCAUGUCAAAAGUGGGCUACAUUGUUAUCAUCAAGAGGAGUGGCAAGGAUGGAGAUGCAUUUCCCAUGUGCCAAGAGACUUGCAUUAUUGGCAAUCACAUUCAGAGUGACAUCAGAGUGCAGCUGGAUACUGUCUCUGUGAGACAUGCCAGUAUUGAUGUGCUUUCUGAUAGCCAGUGUGUACUUCAGAGCCUGAGUGCCGCCAAUCCAGUGAAAGUCAAUAAUUCACCUCUGAAGAAGAAUUGUAAGCAUGUGUUGGUACACAAAGAUGUCAUCACUGUGGGAGAUCGCCUGCUGCGUUGGGAAUAUGCCAAGUCAUCACCUCAUCAUCCUGAUUCAGCAACUACCUUCGUUUUCUCUACUCCUACUAGGCUUGCUGGCUUAAACACUUCCAGGAAGACAGCAAGUUCUGCAAGUGCCAAGAAGCGAAAAGCGGCUCCUUGUGGAGAACUGGACUCGCCUGCUGGUAGAAACAAACGUGUUUCCUUUGGACCAUAUCUUAGUCCUGAACAAUUUGAUAAACAACUACCCUCAUCGACACCUGUUCGCAAAGGAGAAAAACCAAAUUUUGCCUCGCCAAUUAAACUAGCCAGCCCUAGUGUGUUUGCUGUACAUCAACGUGUUCAGGCAACGCGAGUCAAAGCAUCACCCUAUGUGGCUACUAACAAAGUCCUGGAAGAAACUCCUUCCAAGUCCCUAUUGCGCCGACGUUCACCAACUCCCAUUAAGCCUUACUUGGCCCGUUCUCUGGGAUUUUCUGUGCCUUCAGGUACUCCAAAAAAAGCUGUCAUUAAAUCGCCAAAGGCCUCCCCUGCUGCCAGCCGCAGUUCGAAAACGCCAUCUAAAUUGUCAAAGAAUUCGCCAUCAAGGUCGGUAAAAGCAACUUCUUCCAAGGGUUCAACUCCUUCACUCAUCCUAAAGCAAAAGAAGCUAGUUGAAAUCCUGCCAUCUUCUAAGUCUGCUACUUCAAAACGUUCUCGUUCGGAGUCACCACAAGGCUACAAAACGUCAAGGUCAUCGCAAAAGAAGUCAAUUUCAACUGUUCGGAGCAAAAGUUUAGUUCGUUCAACAGGCUUUACCGCAUCGCAAACGAAAUCUGGCCGAAAAUCUUUCCCUGGCUCCAGGUUGCCAAGUAGUGAAGCAAUAAAGACUAAGUCUCCCAGCACAGUAGCAACUCCAAAGAAGAGGCGCGAAUCUUCAUUCACUGUUACCCCUAAAAUUUCUCCAUCCAAAUCUCCAGUGCGAUCUACUUCAGCUUCUAAAACUAAGAGUGCUUCAUUUGUUGUCACGCCUAAGAGGGAUUCUAGAGCCUUUUCUCCAAGAUCAUUGACGAAAUCUCCAGGUUCUCCUAAAGAAAAAUCAAUGUCAAGUCCCCUGAGUAAGUCUCCUGUUGCCAAAAAGAGUCCAGCGUCAUCAGGAAAGAAGUCUCCCAAAUCAUCUGUGAAGAAGUCCCGACUGUCGCUAGUGGAAAAAUCUCCCAAGUCAUCUGUGAAAAAGUCUCCCAUAUCGUCUGUAAAAAAGUCUCUGCCUUCGCCAGUGAAGAAAUCGCCCAAGUCACCUGUGAAGAAGUCAUCGCCUUCGUCCAUGAAGAAGUCUCCCAAGUCUCCCAACAAUACGAAUCAAACGUUACCAGCAAAGAGGAAUUCAACAUCACCUGCUACAAAAACUCCAAAAUCAUCUGUAAAGAAGACACUUCAGUUAUCCAUAUCAGUGGCGAGAGGUACUUCAUCUAAAAAGAUUCGUUUACUGUCUAAAACGUCACCUAAAGUUCCAGAUGCUAAGCAAAAAUCCGCAUCUAAAGCUGCAGUGCUGGCUCGCAAGACGCCGCGCGUGGCUUGGGCUCGUGGCAGUUUUGCAAGUGUCUUGAAGCGUGGCUCAUCCACAACUACUCGGUCAUCUUCCAACCAGACGGUCACUGCCAGGCGGGCUCUUCAAGCUGUUGAAAAGGCUCGUAAAUUCAAAUCCAGGAAAAAUAAGGCCUUAAAUACACGCGCUGGCCAUUCAGGAGCAACAGGUCUUGAUAAGGAAAUCCCGAAGAACUUCAACUUUGGCAGCAGUUCCACUGGUCAUGCCAACUCGCCGGCGCCCAUCAUCAUCUACGGGAAAGUGUCCAAAACUCCGCUGGUUUUCCGCAAGGGCCGCAAAUCCCUCGGUCGCAAUUUUGAUACUGCAGAAAGCCUUGAUCUAACUGGCAUUGAGGUCCUUAUGGCAUCCCCUGCUAAGCCUACAGGUCAAACUCCAACAGCUGCUACGAAGUCCCCAAGCCUCAUUCAAACACCUUCAGAAAAAAUGACUUGCAGUCCAAAAAUUGCUGCUAUGUCUUCUACAUCACAAUCUGUAUCAAUAUCUGUAGCUAACUCAACAGGAUUUCAACCGGCAGAUUCGACGGACCAAGUUGCUACUGAACUCCCAACAAUUGCUGAUGCUAAUGUCACAUCCUCAGCCACCAGAUCAACUCGUGCGACAAACGCUCGAGAAUCUACCACAAAUGAGGGGUCCCCCAAUGCCACUCCUAAAACUGCCAUUAUCACCCAAAAAAUCAUGAAAACUCCAAAAUCUGCCAAUUCUAAUCUCAGGAUGAUGAAGUCAAUUUUCGUAGCACCUCGACUUGUUCAAUCUGCUUCCAAGGUGACAACCUCGUCGUCGUUGCAGCAAACUUUACAGUCAAUGGAAACUGCAGUGAUGUCUGCUUCAUCCUUGUCCAGCAUUUCUAAUCAAAGUGGCUCAGUAUCUCCUGUCUCUUCUAUUUCUCGGACGUCGUACAACUCUGCAAAGCAUAUCAAUUCACCACUUUUCAUGCCAUCUCUUGCAGGAAAUGGUUCCAGACUUGGUGAUUUUACAAGUCGCAAAUCGCUUGGUAUCCAGCAGUCAGAGCCUUUGAUGAAAUCUGCUAGGCGAACACGUUCAAUGGACGGUAGUUCAACUGAACUGACACCUUCGCAGCUUAGAAAGCUUUUUGAAGCCAAUUCUUCGAGCAAUAGUUUGAUGAAGAGACCUUUGGCAAAUACCUCUCUGAGCAACACAUCAUCACCAUCAUCAAGGUGCUCAUCUCGACUUGACAUGACAUGUAGAGGAACUCCUAACAUCACACAAGACCGUUUUAUUUCGCCGCUCGGCACUCCACAUUACACACAGCCUGAUGCCAUGCUCAUGAGCUCGUUGGCUGCCAAGCGCACUCCUUCUUCGCCAGCUGCAGCAUCCCCUUCAAUCACGACUCCGGGGUCAAAUGUAGCAAUUGUCAGCCCCAUGCAACGAAUGACAGACGCCUGUGAGAGCCAAUCAUCAAAUAAUGUCAGUGGAAUAAAACAACUCUUCGAUGGAUCCAAAACUCCUGGUGUGGACUAUCGCAACGUGCGUGGAGUAAAACAGCUACUGAGGUCGUCAAAUACACCUAAAGACGAUUUGAGGAACGUAUCUGGUGUCAGAUCUUUGAUGAAGAAGAGAUCACCUCAAGCAGAUUACACGAAUGUGCAAAACAUCAAGAGCCUUUUCUCCAAAAAUCCAUACGUAUCUCUCAGUGACUCUACUCUUGAAAGUCUUGGUGCUCUAAUGAAAUCCCCUAUUUCGUCAGAUACGACUCUUGAGAUUCAUGAAGUUUUAAAUGUCGUCACAUCGCCUCCAAAAUCAAAUGCUAUUACAAGAAUGUCAGUUACGACAAAUAAGCCGCACGAGGCAUCGCCCCAUAAUGUUCCAGAUGUUAUUGAUAUUUCUGGUGAAGAUGACGAUUCUCGUAUUGAUACUAGCGGUAGCUCACGUAGCAAAAAUUUGAUCCCUUCAAAUUCAGCUCACGGAACUAAACGUUCUGCUCCUGACGAGUCUCCUGUGACAAGAAACACAAGAGGAACACGAGCUGCUGUUGCUGCUAAAAAAGCAAAAAUGUCUUCUCAGUCUAUAAGUCAAGAUUCCAACUUGUCUCCAUUGAUCUCCAACAAACAUACCAGAACUUCUACAAGUUCGCCACUUGUUAAAACUGCAAGUAUGUCUUUGGGUAAAAACCCUGAAAAGUCGCCAUUGGCUAAAACUCCUGCAAAGCCAUUGCGGUUGAGCAAGACUCCAGCCAUUUCGCCAUUGGCUAAAACUCAUUCAACGUCACCUUUGAUCACAACUCCCGAGAAUCCUGCAAAAUCGCCAUUGGCCAAAUCCCCUACGUUGGAGUUUUGUAAAACCCCGGCAAAGUCGUCGUUGGUUACUACACCUGCAAAGUCAUCGUCUGUAACUCCGAGUGAAGUUUUAAAUGUCACAUCGCCUGUUGCUUCUUUGCCACGUCGUCGUGGACGCCCAAGAGCCAAUGCCGCAUUAGCGACGCCUACAGUGAAUGAUACUAGCCCAUUGACAACAAUAAAAGAAAACUCUUCUAAGGAAACUCGGCGAAGAAGGUUGGGCAGGAAAGCUGCGUCACCUGGAAAAGAUACUUCUACUUCAGUUGAGAAGAAUAUACCUGUCGCAUCUCGAGUUACUCGCCGUGGUAGAGGUGUAGCAUCUAAAUUGGCAUCACCUGUUGCUGAUUCUCCCCAAGUCCAGAAAUCACCAGCACCUGUUAAACGUAGCACUAGAAGCCGUAAAGCUGUUUUGACAUCUCCUGUAAAGAAAACGUCUCCUGUAAAGAAAACGUCUCCUGUAAAGAAAACGUCUCCUGUAAAGAAAACGUCUCCUGUAAAGAAAACGUCUCCCGCAAAAGAUUCGCCGGCAAAAAUAGGUAAUAAAAAAUUAUCUGCCAAGGAGACAUGCGAGGAAGAAGGAAAUAAAUCGCCAGAAACUGCUGUUAAGAGAACCAGACGAGGUAUUAAGAAGGCGCUAACGUCUGAAAUAAGUCUGUCCACAAACAAGGCAGAGGUAGCAAUCGUUACAGCUGCCACAGUUGACGAAAAUAAGCCAAAACGCGCUACUCGUGGACGUCAACAGGCGAAAGUGACAGCAUCGGAAAUGACCUUGAAAGCAACUCCUGAAAUAAUCAAGAAGCCUGCUCGAAAAUCGAAAAAAUCUGAUCAAUUGGAGACUGAAGAAGUUUCAACAUCUUUAGCAGAAGCCGUUGCUGUCAAGAGCAGUAGAGGAGCCAAAGCUAGCAAGAAGAAAGCUUCUCCUAAAUCAUCAAAGACUCCUUCUCCUGCAAGACCAAUUCGCCAAACAAGGAGCAGAGCAGCCAAGAAGUAAAGUUCGGCUCAACAGCGAUUGCACUAAAGUUAUAAGGGUAAAUGAUUUUCCUCUCGUAUAGACAUGAAAAGCUUUCUUAUUAAGGUACUUAGCUAGAAAAUAUUGUAAGCUAUUGCAUGUAAGUGGAGGUCUCCUGAGACCACUUGCAAUCAGUUCCCUCUCAACUACCAUGACUAAAAAUAAAUUUCAAUUGAAACCGGCUUCAAGUGCUUCUGAAAUGCCUCUUAGAACCACUUAUUAUGAUCAUAUUAGGUGUAGAAACAUUUUUGCUUAAUAGUUCUUACGUGUUAAGAAAGCUAAAAGUUUCAGAACUUAAAUUCUUUGUGAGCGUUCAUCGUUCGUUUGAGAGACAAUCUCUUGAGUAUGAAAAUUGAUAUAAUAAAAGACUCGGUACAAGGGAAUGCUUUUCACGACUACAUUAGUACCUGGUUUAAUAUAGCUUAGUUAAGAAGUAACGUAAGAGUAAAAAAACCGUUGCUUCCCGCUUGAUUGUAUCGUAAAGCUGUGCAAAAUUCUGUGUGGAAUUUUAAGUUAUUUUUUAGGCUUGUUAGAAAAUUGUCUUGAUUUAAAUCAAGGACAAAAUCCCGCAGAAACAUCAAUUAGAAUAUAAUUUUACGGAAAUGUAAGGAUGAUUACUCCGCAAUUGUCUUUAAUUUUUCUUAAUUGAAUUUAAUUGUAAUGAUUUGCUAGUGCUAAGCUUUUCCUCUUUGAAACCGUAUUGCCUGUAUGGUAAUUGUAAUAUUGUCGAAAAGGUGACGUUUCGAGCAUCAAUGAAUGCUGCACACGUUCUUGUCAAAAGGAACUAAGCGGGUAGUAGAUUGUCGCUGUUUUGCCGACACCGAAAUGUUAGUUCAUUUUACGAAAUUUUACCGGCACUUACGACUGUAAAGGAAUUUAGAUAAGUUUUACUUUGAACAUCUUCAGCAAUUCUACUUCAAGUGUAAAAUUUAGACUAAUAAAUGAAUUUUGCUCGAU